CACUCGGUCUGCCCCGGGAAGGGGUCGGCCGGAGCCUCGCUGGCCGCGCUUUCCUUUGUGGACGUGGCGAGGGGUGCCCGCGCCCUACCCCGAGCCCAUUGGCCCCGCCCUCAGGGCCUUCGUGCGCGCUCAUUGGUCGGAGGGCGGGGCCUCUGCCCUGCGGAGGCGGGGCCUGGCUGGAAAGCGGCCAAACUGGGCAUCUUUCGGAGAACGCAGAACACAGCGUGCAGAGUGAAGCCAGGGACUGACUAUGUGGCGACCAUCGCUUCUCCUGCUGCUGGUGUUGCUGAGACGGGGCGCCCAGGGGAAGCCGUCCCCGGACGCUGGCCCACAUGGCCAGGAAAGGGUGCACCAGACCGCCCCCCUCAGCGAGGCGCCUCAUGAUGACGCCCACGGGAACUUCCAGUAUGACCAUGAGGCUUUCCUGGGACGUGAGGUGGCCAAGGAAUUCGACCAGCUCAGCCCAGAGGAAAGCCAGACCCGACUGGGGAAGAUCGUGGACCGCAUGGACCGCGCGGGCGACGGGGACGGCUGGGUGUCGCUGGCCGAGCUCCGCUCGUGGAUCGCGCACACGCAGCAGCGGCACAUAAGGGACUCGGUGAGCGCGGCCUGGAACACGUACGACACGGACCGCGACGGGCGCGUGGGCUGGGAGGAGCUGCGCAACGCCACCUACGGCCACUACGAGCCCGGGGAAGAAUUUCACGACGUGGAGGACGCUGAGACUUACAAGAAGAUGCUGGCUCGGGACGAGCGGCGCUUCCAGGUGGCCGACCAGGACGGGGACUCGAUGGCGACGCGGGAGGAGCUCACAGCCUUCCUGCACCCCGAAGAGUUCCCCCACAUGCGGGAGAUCGUAAUUGCAGAAACCCUGGAGGACCUGGACAAGAACAAAGAUGGCUACGUCCAAGUGGAUGAGUACAUCGCGGACCUGUACUCGGCGGCGCCCGGCGAGGAGGAGCCGGCCUGGGUGCAGACGGAGCGGGAGCAGUUCCGUGACUUCCGGGACCUGAACAAGGACGGGCGGCUGGAUGGGAGCGAGGUUGGCUACUGGGUGCUGCCCCCCGCCCAGGACCAGCCCCUGGUGGAGGCAAAUCACCUGCUGCACGAGAGCGACACAGACAAGGACGGGCGGCUGAGCAAGGCCGAGAUCCUGGGCAACUGGAACAUGUUUGUGGGCAGCCAGGCUACCAACUACGGUGAGGACCUAACACGUCACCACGACGAGCUUUGAGCCCCAGCGCGCCCCCACAGCAUGGUGGCCCCCGUGGGAUUGGCCCGAGGAGCAGCCACAGCGGCCAGGCCCCCUGGCUCCCGGCCCUGCCCUUGUGGACGCAGCCCCCACCAGCCACCUGCCCCCCGGGCUCUCACUGACUAGCUCAGCUUCUCUCCCUGAGACCCCCAGACCCCUCCUCACCCCUUCACCCCUCCCCAGGGGGCUCUCACAGACCUGGAGGGUCACCGCCGUUUCUCACUGGCAGAAUCUCCCAGCACAGACCCCUAGACCCCACCCCAGUCUCCAAGAGCCUCCACUACACCCCCGCCCCCCAAAUCUGAGCCCAAUCCACACGGACUGAGAAACACUCACCCGGCCUGGCCCUGCCCCAGGACACCCCCCCUCUGUCAGGGAGGCAAUAAAAUCCAGUGUUGGGGCCUCG